CGCCAUCGCAAAGAUCCUUCGCAUGGCUUUCCUCAGGUUUGACGGCCAGGUGGCGGUGGUGACGGGGGCGGGCGGUGGCCUCGGACAGGAGUGGGCCAGAGCGCUAUACGCUCGCGGCGCGACUUGUGUGCUUGUCGACAUUGACCCGCGUGUCCUGCAGCUCGUGAAACCCGCUGUGACAUCGGACGCAAAGUGGGAAUGCGUCGUGGCAAACUGCGCCAACGAAAAGUCCGGCCGGCAAGUGAUCGAAAACGUGUUGACGACUCAUGGACGAGUCGACAUUCUGAUCCACGCAUCCACACAAGUCCAAGACGCAGCGUUCCGCAAGAUGACGCGGUCGCAAUGGGACGCCGUCCUGGAGAACGAUCUCACGUCCGCGUUCACCAUGACCCGCGCCGUGUGGUCCAGCAUGCGGCAGCAAAACUACGGUCGCAUCCUCCUUUGCACGAGCGCGAGCGGCCUCUACGGCAACUUUGGCCAGGUAAACUACGCGACAACGAAAAGCGGCAUCUGGGGGCUUACAAAGGCGUUGAGCGUCGAAGGACGCAAGUACAAGAUCGCGAUCAACGCGAUUGCUGCAGUCGCCGGCACGUCACUCACCCAGUCCGGUAAGCUUUCUCCCGUCUUUACAUUCCACGCGUCGUUCCAACUGCAUUGCCAACAUGUCCGCGGCAUUUUCAUUCCUCUCUGGUCACCAGUCAUGCCCGACGAUGUGUACCUCCGACUCAAGCCCGAGUACACGGCGCCGAUCGUCGUGUAUUUGUGCCAUGCCUCGAGCAGUGAAAACGGCGGCGUGUUCGAGACGGGAGGGGCAUGGGUCGGCAAGUUGCGGCUGCAGCGGUCGCAAGGCGCGGGGUUUCCGUUGGUCGUGACCCCCGAAGUCGUGGCCGCUGCGUGGGACCAAGUCGUCGACUUUUCCGCCCCAGCGUACCCCGCAUCGACCCAGGAAUCGUUUGAGCCGAUGCUGCACAACGUAAACCAUCCUCCGGAGGCGCUGCACACGCCGCAAUCGAAAGCGGUCGUCGCAGUGUUUCAUCGACUGCGGCAGACACUCGCCAAGCUCACGACGCCACUGCGUCCGUCAGGGGGCCACUUGCAGUGGACGAUAGGAACCGCCACGUAUUCGCUGUCCCUCGCGACGAACGAAGUGGUCGUUGUCGACGACUCCAAUGCUGCGGCAACGACGGCCGACCUGACUCUUGAAACGACCGAACACGACUUUCUCGACCUUGUCGCGGGCACGCUGCGUUUACAGCAGGCGCUCGCGGGCAACAAGCUCAAGAUGCGAGGCGACAUGAAGCUGGCCAUGCGGCUGCAACCGCUGCUCAAGCUAUUUCAAGGCUCAGCAACAUCCAAGUUGUAAUUGACAGAGUCGUCGUGAUCCAUAUACAACAAUCGCAUGGCCGUCACAAUAUGACAGUGGUGCAGCGAGAUCGAUUCGGUUUUGUCGCAGCAGAUUGUCUGCGUCGAAACUGCAGUCCAUCUCUCCACCAAAGCGGUGAAGCACGGUCGCAUCGAACGCCCAAGGCGUGACACUUGAGAUGCCCACACUUGCCCUGCACCUACAUACAAUUGCAGUCGUGCACCCAUGCGCCGCAAUCGCGAUGUCGCUGUCGAAUUCUUUCUCAUUCAUCGCACUGCCGUCAUGGCUUUCCCUCGUUUGGGUGUGGAAUAAUGAAAUGCGCACACUGAAAUCUUCA